CCUUUUGUGGGAAGCUCAGUCCCUGUUGUCAAUAGUUGAAUUAAAUGGGGCAUACGAGGUAAAAGUCAGAGGAUUUAGUGCCAAAAUAGCUCUUAAAGACAAUCUUUUAAUUAAUUUUAAAGAUGAAGAAACAGACCUCAGCUGUUGAAUUGGGGUGAAUUGAAUUAAGAUUUAACGGAGUCACAGCUUACUAGCAGAACUGGGAAGUAUUUCUGAUCAGAAAAAGAUACCGCCUCUCUUAGACCAGUUUUCCACCUGCCAUGAUCAAGUGUUUGUCUGAGGAAGUGCAAGCUAAACUUCGUUCUGGUGUGGCUAUCAGCUCCCUUAGCCAGUGCGUUGAAGAACUUGCCCUCAAUAGCAUUGACGCUGAAGCAAAAUGUGUGGCUGUGAGAGUAAACGUAGAAACUUUCAAGAUUCAGGUUAUAGACAAUGGCUCUGGGAUGGAAAGGGGUGAUAUAGAGAGGGUGGGAAAACAAUAUUUCACCAGCAAAUGCAAAUCUGUACAAGACUUAGAGAACCCAAAGUUUUAUGGUUUCCGAGGGGAGGCAAUAUCAAGCAUAGUAAAUAUGGCCAGUGCUGUAGAAAUUUCAUCCAAAACAAACAGGACAGUGGAAACUUUUGUGAAACUGUUUCAGAAUGGGAAAGCCCUGGAAGCUUGUGAAGCUGAGUUGACUAGGCCAAGUUCAGGGACAACAGUUACUGUAUGUAACCUGUUUUACCAGUUACCAGUGAGGAGGAAAUGCAUGGAUCCCAGACUGGAGUUUGAGAAGGUUAGGCAGAGGAUUGAAGCACUUUCACUCAUGCACCCCUCUAUCUCCUUCUCCUUGAGAAAUGAUAUUUCUGGUUCUAUGGUUCUUCAGCUCCCCAAAACCAAAGAUACACGCUCUCGAUUUUGUCAAAUUUAUGGAUUGGGUAAGUCACAAAAGUUGAGAGAAAUCAAUUUUAAACAUAAAGAAUUUGAACUUAAUGGACAUAUCAGUUCUGAAGGAUAUUAUAAUAAAAAUUUGCAGUUUUUGUUUGUGAACAAAAGACUGGUUUUAAAGACAAGAUUGCAUAAACUCAUUGACUUUUUAUUAAGGAAAGAAAGUAUUAUUUGUAGGCCAAAGGGCGGCCCUGCAAGUAAGCAAAUGAAUUCAAGCCCUCCUCGGCAUAAGUCAAACCUAGAACUCCAUGGGAUCUAUGUAAUCAAUGUCAAAUGCCAUUUUUGUGAGUAUGAUGUAUGCCUAGAUCCAGCAAAAACGCUAAUUGAAUUUAGGGACUGGGAUACUGUCUUGGUUUGUGUUCAGGAAGGGAUAAAAACUUUUUUAAAACAAGAACAAUUAUUUAUAGAAUUGUCAGGUGAUGACAUUAAAGAAUUUAAUGAAGACGGUGGUUUGACCUUAUUCAGUGCUAUUCUUCAGCCUGUGGCCUCUGAUGAAAAAUAUGUCCAGAACAACUUUCAGGAAGCAUGCGAAAAUGUCAUGGAUUCAUGUGAAAUAUUUAAUAUGAAGUCUAAAACUGUGAAAAGAAAAGCCGUAGUGGAAAACAUUACUUUAAAGGCUUGUAGGAGUGACGAAAACAUCAAACAAAUAAAAGACUGCCAAGAGCUGACCAACGGUGACUCAAAUGAAAUGUGCUUUAAUGAUAUGAUGGAGUCAUCUGUACCUUGUCAAGAUGGUACCUGCUCAGGACCAAGUAUCUUAACACAACAGGAAGCCAAAUUCACAGAUUCUGAAAAAAAUAAUACUAAAAAUAUUUGUUUAGAACUUGAGCAUUCAGAAAAUCUCUGUGGAACCAGUUCAGAAGUAUUAAAAAGUUCUUUUUACACUCCAUAUCACUUUAAGGACAGUGGGGAAAAUCCAUCUCUCCAGAAGGAAAAGACCAACGAUAAUGGAAUAGUUGUCAACAGUGUUUGUGAGGGACAACAACAGAGACUUAAAGAUAUCCCUGAAAUAGCAUGCAAAUCUUCACCUUUUGGGAGAAUGCUAUUGGAGACAUGUGAUACACUUAAAGAAGACAAGAAAACAGAGAGAGAAUCCAACUGUGAUAGAGGAAAGACAGUUAUUAGUCAUGGACAAGUUCAGUUGUGCUCCACUGGUUUUAUAACUCAUGUGAUGCAAACCCAACAAUCAAAAGCAUCUGAAAUGGACUUUACAUUAAAAAAUAAUUUUCAACCUGGGCCUGUUAGUGCCAGGCAAAUAUUUGGAAACAAAACCCAAAGUUCAGUUGAGACCCCAAACAUAGACUUAAAUAUUCAUUUAAGUGAAGAAUCUGCUAAACCAGUCGACCAAAAUUUUUACAUAACAAAUAUGAAAGAUGGGCCGAAAAGCAAAACCAUAGGAAUCUAUGAAAAUAAGGCAUUUUUUCAAAAGAAAAGCAGUAAGCAGUCACAUACAAGUAACUUGUUAUCUAAUGCUUCCGUAACUUUUCCUUGGAAUGUACACAUUUCAAAUAACAGGAAAACAGAAAAGCUGAUUGGUUUUUCUAAACCCUUUGCUCAUAAGAAACUAAACUUAUUUUCACAGCCAGUGCCUUUAGAGAGGUUUAAGAGACAAUAUAGGAAGGCUGAGAGUCCUUUGCCUACAAGAAUUCAGGAUUUUGAAAUAACUACCAAUAAUAGUUCCCAAGUUCAACCUGACUUUUCCCAGAAAGAGAAUAGUCACUUAGACCACUCCAAUGUUUGCGAAAUUCCAACAAUAAAUAAUAGUGAAUCCAGUGAUAGUGACCAACCAGUUAGUCACAUCCUCUCAGAACAGUUCUCAACUUCCAAGAAAAAGGCGAUGUUGGAGCAGCAGAAUGCCUGUGUGAGAGAAAGUCCUAUAACACUGACUGACUAUUCUCAGUUUAACAGAAAACCUUUGAAUGUUAAUAGGCCAUUAGGAUCAUUAGCAUCUAAGCUAUCCAGAAUGAAAGGUCACAACAAAGAAGCUUUAAUUACUGAAACUAUAGGACAUUCUAAUGAUUUUUGCCAAUUCAGCUCCAAUACAGAAGACAGUAGUUUGUGCAGUGUGUUAGCCCAGGAGUCUCAUAAGUUACCCCAUAACAUGCUUAACAUCCCAGAUUCAGACACUGCUGUACAAGAUAAUACCUAUAAUAAAAAUACAAAUUCACCUUUUACUCACCAGUCAUUACUAAUCAAUACAACAGAGGACUACCCAAUGAGACAUAAUGUUCCCUUGGCAUUAUCCAGAAAUUCAUCUUUUGAGGUCUGUGAAGACCCAAGUAUCCCCACCAUAUCUUCAGAACAGCAAUCGGAAACAGCCGACCCUCCCAGCACGGUUUUAAUAAAUCAUGUAGACAUUUCAGCAGAUGAUCAAACUGCAGCUUGUUUUCAGAAAGAGAAUACCAAAACAAGAGUUUCUAAGGAUGAAGAGUCAAUGACACAUUCCUUUGAUUGGCAACAGCAUUUUGAUAUGUCAUUGGGUAGAACAGUCUAUGUCAACAAAAUAACUGGACUUAGCACAUUCAGUGCCCCCCCAGAGGAGAGUUUGGCCAGUUGUACGAAAGACCUAACAACCGUGGCUGUCAAUAUUGUCUCCAGAAACGGAUUUCAGUUCAGGUGCCAUCCAUUUAGAAGCAAGCUUGUCCUGCCCUUCCUUCGUAAAACUAGAGAAGAAAGGACCAUGAUGAGACAGGAAUACAGAGAUACUGUGGAUAAAGCUACUGGUACUGAUUCUCUCCAAACUUUGUUCUCAGAGUGGGAAAAUCCAGUGUUUGCCCGCUAUCCAGAGGUUGCUCUUGAUGUGAGCAGUGAACAGGCUGAGAGUCUAACAGUGAAAAUUCACAACAUCUUAUAUCCCUAUCGUUUUACCAAAGAGAUGGUUCAUUCGAUGCAGGUACUCCAGCAAGUGGAUAACAAGUUUAUUGCCUGUUUAAUGAGUACAAAACAGGAAGAGAAUGUUGGCACAGGUGGAAACCUGCUUGUCUUGGUAGAUCAGCAUGCUGCCCACGAGAGGAUCCGCUUAGAGCAGCUCAUUUGUGAUUCCUAUGAGAAGGAACAGCCAAAAAGCUUUCACCGCAAGAAAUUGCUGUCUUCUACCAUCUACCCACCACUGGAGGUCACAGUGACAGAGGAACAGAGGAGGCUCUUACAGUGUUACCACAAGGGUCUAGAAGAUCUGGGCCUGAAAUUCAUAUUUCCCGAUACCCCCAGCUCCCAUAUCCUUGUUGGGGAGGUGCCGCUCUGCUUUGUAGAAAGAGAAGCCAAUGAAGUUCGGAGGGGAAGACCUACUGUGACAAAAAGUAUCCUGGAGGAAUUUAUUCGAGAACAAGUAGAGCUGCUUCAGACUACAGGAGGAGCUCAAGGGACUUUGCCACUUACCAUCCAGAAGGUGUUAGCGUCCCAGGCCUGUCAUGGAGCUAUUAAGUUUAAUGACAGCCUGAGCCUAGAGGAGAGCUGUCGACUUAUUGAGGCUCUGUCUCGGUGCCAGCUGCCCUUCCAGUGUGCUCAUGGGAGACCUUCGAUGCUGCCCUUGGCAGACGUAGACCAUCUGGAACAGGAGAAACAGUAUCCUAAACCCAACCUUGCUAAACUUCGCAAAAUGGCCCGGGCCUGGCAUUUGUUUAAGAAAGUAGAGACUCAUGAUGAAAAGCAAAACAAAGGAUGAAACCACCUUGUGAACUUCCAUGAAUACAAGACUCUCUGGACAGGCCCCACAACUGUGAGAAGAUGAAGGGAAGUUGGCUGAAUAUGGCCGCAUACAGGAUGAAUCACUGCGGUUGUGACACUUUCCUUAGCAAGCCCAAUGCACAGAACUGACUGCAAAAGCAUAACAUCCUUUCUUGGGUAUCUCAAUAGGCAAACUGCCACAUAAUAAUUCAAAUCUGAAAGCUGCAUAAGGGGAAAUAUGUAAAUGUAUGCAUUUGUAUGAAUCAGGAGGUUGAAAAUACCUUUCCGUGUCUUAUUUUGGAGUAAAAUUUAAUA